AUGAGAUCUAAGGCGCCGUACUUUUCACGCGAUGAAGUUGAACCGGCUCUCGUGUAUGGGGCGCAGCUGGGGAUCGCGGAGUGUCAGCAUCAGUUCCGCGACGGUCGAUGGAACUGUUCCACUUUCCCCGGCGACCAGACUGUGUUCGGCAGGGUGCUUCGGCUCGACACCCGCGAGAAGGCGUACGUCUACGGCAUCACCUCCGCAGCCUCCGCCUACGCCCUCACCCGCUACUGCUCGAAGGGCGACAUCCCCGCGUGCGGCUGCGACGACAGAUACCACCGGAGACCCAGCAAGGGACCGUGGGAAUGGGGCGGCUGCUCCGAGGACGUGAAGUACGGCUCGAAGUUCAGCUCCGACUUCGUGGACUCUGGCGAGGACUCGCAGACGCCCGAGGGCCUCAUGAACCUGCACAACAACCGGGCCGGUCGGCGGGGCCUGAAGAAAAAAAUGACGACGGUGUGCAAGUGCCACGGCGUGUCCGGCGCGUGCAACGUGAAAGUCUGCUGGCGGAAGCUCCCCUCCUUCCGCCUUGUGGGGGAUCACCUCAGAGAGAAGCUGGACGGCGCGGUGAGGAUGAGGUACAGGCGGGAGCAGAAGAAGCUCAGGCCGGCGCUGGGAGGGAGGAAGGCGUCGAAGAGGGACUUGGUUUUCGUGAGGGAGUCGCCGGACUAUUGCGUCAGGAACUUGUCGAUCGGAGUGCUGGGGACGGUGGACCGGCCGUGCAACGCGACGAGCGAGGGGACGGGGGGCUGCGGGGUCCUCUGCUGCGAGAGGGGGCAUCGCUCGGUCGCCGUGGAGGUGCCGGAGAAGUGCAACUGUCAGUUCGUCUGGUGCUGUAGGGUGGAGUGUGAGAGGUGCGUGAGGAGGUAUCAGCUGAACGUUUCAUAUCCAGCGACUGGCACGCAGAAGCUAUUUGAGAUUGACGAUGAGCGGAAGGUGCGAAUCUUCUAUGAGAAGCGUAUGGGCCAGGAAGUGGAAGCUGACCCACUUGGAGAAGAAUGGAAGGGUUAUGUGGUGAGAGUUGCUGGUGGAAAUGACAAGCAAGGCUUCCCCAUGAAGCAGGGGAUCCUGGCUGCUGGGCGUGUGAGGUUGCUCAUGUCAAAGGGGCAUUCCUGCUACCGCCCUAAGAGGGGAGGAGAAAGAAAACGAAAGUCGGUCAGAGGCUGCAUUGUGGACGCCAAUCUUAGUGUCAUUGCUCUGACAAUUGUGAAGAAGGGAGAACAGGAAAUACCAGGCCUGACAGAUCACACCAUCCCCCGUCGCCUGGGCCCUAAGCGAGCCAAUAAGAUCCGGAAGUUGUUCAAUCUGACUAAGGAGGAUGAUGUGAGACAGUAUGUCAUCAAGCGCCCCCUCCCACUGAAGGAUGGCAAGAAGCAGCGCUUCAAAGCCCCUAAGAUCCAGCGCCUUGUUACUCCUGUCAUGCUCCAGCGCAAGAGGCACCGUUUGGCGCUGAAACGUCGUCGUGCCACCCGUAGAAAGGAAGACGCUGCAGAGUAUGCCAAGCUGUUGGCCAAGCGUCAGAAGGAGGCCAAGGAGAAGAAGAAGCUGGAGGCCAAACGUUCAAGUCAGCAAAAAGGAGCUCAUAUGGAUGCCCUUAGGAGGUCCUUCACCGUUUUCCGAGCAGUAAAUCGCGCGGCCAAGACUUCUGUUGGUCUGAAACCCAAUUUAGCACCUCUCACCACUGCAAGAGCUGGCCUCGGUGCUGGCUUAAACGUGUUCUUGCAUUGUUCUUCAUCCAUUGACAGGAGGCAAGUCUCAACAGCAACAGUGCAGAAUGCUGAGAUACCCAAGUCUGGUGCUAAGCCAGUGAAAACUGAGGAACCAUCUGGCAAAAAGGAGGCCAUGGUAGAAGAUGUUGGGGCUGUCAUCAUGUCAGAUGAAGAAAGGGAGCAUUUGAGGCAGUUACAGGAAUAUAUCACCACUGAUAAACCUAUGAGUGUAUGGGAGGUGAGUGGAAUUCCAGAGGAGCACGUGAAGACCCGGCAAGUCCGCAUUUUCUCACCUGCAAAGAAUGCCAUGCAGAGUGGGACUAACAAUACACAUCAUUGGCUGCUGGAAUUUGAGACCCGAGAAAGAUGGGAGAAUCCCUUGAUGGGAUGGGCCAGCACGGGAGACCCAUUGUCAAACAUGCGGGUGAAGUUUUCGACAAAAGAAGAUGCAGUGGCAUUCUGUGAAAAGAAUGGUUGGGAGUACUUGAUUGAAGAGCGAAGUGUACCCAAGCCAAAAGUGAAGUCAUACGGAUCUAACUUCUCUUGGAAUCGACGUACCCGAGUUUCAACAAAGUGAAAUUAUUGUGUUGCUAUCACAGAUUUUGUGUCUCAAUAAAUUUCACAAGGUAGGCAUUGUAUGGAUUGUUGUAUUGUAAACUGAUAUAAAGAUAAAAAUUAU